GAAACGACGACAGGGUAAUGUGUUUUCAAACCAGUGACAAGCUAGAGGGGUGUGUUGCUCGUGCUUUUCUUUUUAAUACUCAGCAUUCAUGCAAUUACUAGCUACCAUUAAAACACAUUAACGUGAAUAAAUAAAUAAGCGGGACGUUAUGCGCACAAUUAAGGCACAUGAUGAGAACCCUGGGAAGUAGCCACCAAGGCUAGUCACCAGCUGUACCAUGGCCAAACCUGGGUCCGACAGAGACGGCACCAUGGUGGAAAAGCAAACCGGGAAGAAGAGUAAAGAUAACAUUUCUUCCUUCACCAAGACUCCAAAGUUGGACCGGGGUGAGUUGUUGGAGGUGAAGCCGAAGUCUUCCAUGAAACGCAAGCUUACCUUCUCCCUCAGUCCCCAGAGGAACGAGGAGCGGGAUUCUGACACCGAUUCAGACCCAGGACACUCGAGUGAAACCUGGGGGGAAAGAUUUAGCCCUCCCUGCAGGAUUUACACAGAUAAAGAUGGUCCAGAGAAGAAGAAAGUUAAGAAAGAGACUGGAAGCAAGAAGUCAACUCCAGUGAACAUUCUGUUUGGGUAUCCCCUGUCGGAGCGGAAACAGAUGGCCCUUCUAAUGCAGAUGACUGCAAGAGACAAUAGUCCAGACUCCACCCCCAGUCACCCUACACAGGCGGCACCAGUGCAGAAGAAGAUCUCCAGCUCUACGACAUCUAGGCAGAAGGAUAAGAUUAACAAGAGGAAUGAGAGAGGCGAGACUGCUCUACACUUGGCUGCCAUCCGAGGGGAUGUCAAGCAAGUCGAGGAGCUCAUCAGUCUUGGGGCCGAUGCCAAUGUCAAAGACUUUGCAGGCUGGACUCCACUCCAUGAGGCAUGCAACUUGGGCCAUUAUGAUGUGGCAAAAGUCCUGAUUUCUACUGGAGCAGAGGUCAACACACAGGGGCUGGAUGAUGACACGCCACUGCAUGAUGCAUCCAGCAGUGGACAUAAAGACAUUGUGAGACUACUGCUGCAGCAUGGGGGCAAUCCCCUCCAGGCCAACGACCGCGGGGAGCGGCCUGUGGACGUGGCCGACUCCAAGGACAUAGAGGAGCUUCUGAAGGGUGAAGCGCAGAUCUCCAACUCAGAUGAGAGUUCCUCAGAUUCUGAAGGCCACUCCAGUACUGAUGACGAUAUGGAAUACUCAGACACUGAAAAGGACACCAAACAGACAUGUGCAACAAACAAGUCUGCCUCAACAGCUAGACUGGAUGAAUAUGAAUUCCAGGAUGAGGAAGAGGAGGGCCUCAGCAAUGCACCGAAGGACAGACCACUCUUGAAGAGGAAGUCAAGACGGCGACAGAAGGAUGCAAUUGAAAGGAACCAUUUUGUGGACAGCCAGGAGCGGAGUGAGUCUACACGUACCUGCAAGUCAAAAAAGCAGAAAAUAUCCCGCAUCCAGUAUCACAGCCCUGUGAGUUCGAGUGAUGAGACUUCCCCAGAGAGGAAGAGCUCUUCCACUUGUCCACUUACCAUUGACAUACAUAAAGCUGAAUUGAGGACCAAAAAACUGAACCUCAGUGUAGAAAUAAAAGAGAAAGGAAAAGCCAAUAUGAACAAAAAUCUAAACAAAAAUAAGGAAAACCAAGAACUUAAAGAGGACAGAAAGGAGAACUGCAAAGUUCCACUCCUCUCCACCACAGUACCUGGUCUGGAGACCCCAGAGAACACUAGAGAGGAAGAUUCCUUCAAGAUGUCAUUCAGCCCUAAAGAUGAAGACUCUGUCCAUCUCUUUCCUCUGUUGACAAUCAAGUCUCCCAAGCAUAACCACAGCGACAAGCAAUCUGGCCCCCUCAAACAGGAAAAUUUGAAAUUGUUCAUGCCCUCUGAAGACAGUCCUUGUCAGAUGGACAGCGUAAAACACAACUACCAUGUGGAACCUUACAACACAGAGAGCUCCUCUAGUAAAAUAUUAAAGCAUAAAGACAAGAGCAAAUACCACCACCAAGAUCUCAGCUGUGAGGGGGAAGGAGAGAACUUGGACAACGGUGAAGUGGCCUUACAGAAGACUGACAAAGAAGGCAAAGUCAUCAAGAAACACAAACUGAAACAUCAGGAGAAAGAAAAGAACAAGAAGGAGAAUGACAAUGAGAAGGUUAAAAACAAGAAGGACAGUGACAACGAGAAGGACACGGACAGAAAAGAGAAUGAGACUGAGAGGGUCAAACACAGACAAAGAGAUGCCAGGAAAGAUAGCCACAGGCAUCAGUUUGACAGAGCAUUCUGGAAAGAGAACUUUUUCAAGAGCUAUGAAAAUGAGGACCUUCAGUCUGAGAAAGAUGAAGAGCCUGAAAACAUUUCCCUUCAAAAAGGUACAGAUUUACCGCUGGUGAGAACAACAAAAGAAAAACACUUUCACAGCAAAGAUAAGAAGCAGAAAGAAGGAGCAAAGGACAAAGAUUUUAAAAAGGAGAAGGAAGAACUGCAAUGCAGAGAGGGAAAGGGAAAUGAUUUAAAGACAGCAGAAGAGACGGCAAACUGUCAUAUCUCCAACUGGGGACCGGUAGAUUCUGAUGUGAAGGAAGAAAUGGAAGACAAUCCUAUCUCUGAGAACAAACUACAAGACCAAACAGAGAAGGGAGCUCAAGAAAAAACAGAGAAGAGGUUGCCAGGAAGGGAGAAGGAGUCUGAAACGUUGGAUAAAAAGUAUUCCGACAGAGAAAAGAAACUCAAAACCGAGUACUUGUGGGACAAAAGUGAACUCCAUAACUGUACAGACAAAUUGAAAGAAAAAGAAAAGGUCAUGUCUGGUUCGUCCUAUUUUCCCUUAGAGAAAAAUCAGAAGGAGAGUGAAAAAUCAAAAGCCGCCUUACUGACGAAAAAGCCAGAAGACAAAAAAAUCAAAGAGAAAGUGGAUCGAAAGAAUGAGAAAGAGAAGCAAGAGAAAGUGCGGUGUCCAACAGAGAGCAGAGAUAAAGAAAGAAACAGCAUAGAUAAGAAAGGAAAAACAUCAGAGAAAGUUGCAGUAGCAGAUCAAUGCAAACUUGACAGAGUAAAAGAAAAAGAGAAAGACAAUGAGAAAAAGAAAAAAGAUAAAAUAAAGGACAUCUCUUCUUCCAGCUCGAACCUGAAAACUUUCCUCGUGGAGAAAAGGAGCAGUGUUUGUGAAAACAGUAAGACUCCCACUGACAAGACAAAACCUCUGGAGAAAGAUAAAAGGACUAAGGACAAACAUGCUGACAGACACAGAGAUGGGUGUAAGGAUAAGUCUCAGCAAACAAAAACCAACAAAAUAAAAAUGAAUGAAGCAGAGGCCGAUGGUGGAAAAUCAAAACCCUCACCUGCACCCAAGGAUGCUCGACCAAAAGAGAAAAGGCUUGUUAAUGAUGAUCUCAUGCAGACCAGCUUUGAGCGAAUGUUGAGCCUGAAAGAUCAGGAGAUUGAGCAGUGGCACAGGAAGCACAAGGAGAAAAUCAAGCAGAAAGAAAGAGAGAGAAUGAAGCACCAACCAGUGGCAGAGCACAGCAAGCUGAAGAAUAAAGACAGGGUGAAAAACUCACCCGGUGAGCCCUGCCUCAGCAAAGACUUCCUUCGCUCCAAGAGCUCAGAUGUUUCUGAGGCCCACAGUCAAGAGAACAUGUUGAAGGAAACUACUAGUACAAGAUCUGUAUCUCUGGACACAAAAAGUAUAGCACAUAUUGGAAAGAUGGAAAGCGAUGAGACUGGCUUAAUUUGUAGAUCUGUGUCUAUGAUUUCAGUGACUAGUUCAGAGGACUCUUCCCAGACAGCAGUGCUUACACCAAGGCCCCAAACUGAGCAUGACUCUGGUUUUGACAAGGAAGGUUUAGAUUCUCAGCUGUGCACCAUACCAACUUCCUCUGCUGUCCAAGAUGUUGAUUGUGAUUGUUUUCUUGAUGGGGUUCCACAGAAAAGCACCACACUGUCCAACAAGCAGGAGACUCCUUGGUCAACAGUGGAUGAAGAUGGCAAACCAGCAUCCACUGAUGGCAGACCUAAUGAGCUCAGCUGGUCUGGUGCACUUUCUAGUAAAGAGCAUUCAAAAAAUUGUCUGCCAGUAAGCAGCCAGGAAUCGCAGCUCCCGAACCUUAGUAAUUGCAGCACUGAGACUCCAACAGACACUGGAAAUGAAGGAACCCAUUUAAGUCCUCAUGUCCUUCUUGAUGUUGGUCUUGUUCCUGAGCCAGUCAGCAGAGUGUCUUUGUUAAAGGAUUCCGAUAAGAGUGAUGGAGAACAUGUCAGCGUGUCCCAAGCAGAUACUUCACUGUGGACAGUCACAGAAACAAAGGAGCACGGUGUCACUGAUUUUCUGUUUGAGGGAGAUGUGCAUUUUCCUCAAGGUGAAGACUUGAGAACAAAAACCAACUUAGUUGAGAAGUCAACCUCAGAACAUGUAAUUUUUGAAAUCAAGGAGUCUUUACCUGUGGAUACAAUAGGAAUCGGUUCACUCCCUCUCUCUCAACAGCAUGUGUCUUCAAAUGAAAAAGUAUCUGACUGCUGUGGUGAGCAUCAGGAUGUGUGCUCAGAUCUCUCUGUGGGUUUGUUGCAUAGAGCUGAGAGGGAUUCUGAACAGAAAGAAAACCCCAGCUUAUUGGAAGAUACUCCUUGUGUAGACAGAAAAUUUGAGGAUCGGACAAUGGAGAAACAGUACAGUGAUUUGUCUGAAAAGCCUAGAACGGACUGUGAGGGCAGCACAAGUCUUUCUACCACCUCUUUUAAUACUACAAUCAAUGGGACGGUUAGCAACACUGAGAGCUCGAGUCAGCAUGAACCUAAGGGUGCUCAAGAAAACAUGGAUACAGAUAGUGUUGUUCCAAAGGACACUAAACAAAGACUUGUGAAUGAAUCCCUGGGAGCAAGUGAUCUUCAGUCUGACUGUAAUGAAUUUGCACAUUCGACAUUGUCAACUGUUGUGGAAUGCUGUCAAGGUGCUAAACAUCAACUGGAAGAAAAUACUUUGCAUGAAGCUGAAGAGAGCAAGGAGAGGAAUGUCUCUUUGGAGAUUGCUGAGAAUCUAAGUCUUCCUGUAGAAACUGGUCCUCAGGCCUGUACCACAGCAGAACUGAAGCCCGAAACAUAUGAAGAGAUGACAGCCUUUGCAGCUGUACCUGAAAAAGAAAUCCAACAACUGCAGCAGGAUACGUCUGAUUCCUCUUUCAGUGGUCUGCAAGUGGAUUUCCAAUCAGAGCACAGCAAUGUUCCCUCAGGACGUUCUUCUCCACAGCCAGAAGAAGGCCACUCUGACUCUUGUGGCGACAAUUCCAAAACCACACUGUUGGAAGAGGAUGACAUACAGUUGCCUCAUCCACGGAAGAGAAAGAUGCAUCAGGCACAGUCCAUUCACACAGAGCCCUUCACCCUGCACACUAAAGAGACGACCCAACAGUCCCUGGCUGCCAUUGUGGACUCUCUGAAGCUGGAGGAGAUUGAACCCUACCAGACUGAAAGAGCCAACCCCUACUAUGAGUUCCUGCAUAUCCGCAGAAAGAUUGAGGAGAAGCGGAAAAUCCUGUGUAGUGUUAUUCCGCAAGCACCGCAGUAUUAUGAUGAAUAUGUGACCUUCAACGGAUCCUACCUCCUGGAUGGAAACCCACUUGGCAAGCUCUGUAUUCCUACUAUAACUCCACCUCCCUCAUUACCUGAACCACUAAAAGAGAUGUUCAAACAGCAGGAGGUUGUUCGCAUGAAGCUGCGCUUGCAACAUGGCAUUGAACGGGAGAAGCUCAUACUUUCUAAUGAGCAAGAAGUUUUGCGUGUCCAUUACCGGGCGGCGAGAACACUAGCCAAUCAAGCCCUUCCCUUCAGUGCCUGCACAGUCUUGCUGGAUGCUGAAGUUUACACCAUGCCCCAGGAAGUCCAGGGAGAUGAUUGCAAAACCUCUGUCCGGGACCGGUUCAAUGCUAGGCAGUUCAUGUCCUGGUUACAAGACGUUGAUGACAAGUUUGAUAAGCUGAAGACCUGUCUCCUGAUGCGGCAGCAGCACGAGGCAGCAGCUCUCAAUGCCGUGCAGCGUCUGGAGUGGCAGCUCAAGCUACAGGAGUUGGAUCCCGCCACCUACAAGUCUGUCAGCAUCUUCCAGAUCCCCGAGUUCUACAUCCCGCUCGUGGAUGUCAGCGACGACUUCGAACUUGCCCCGAUUUGAUGCACCGGCUAAGGCCACGGCGUGGAACGGAGCGAAAAAGCAGAGCACUUAAUCACGGGAAAGUGAAGAACAGGGCCGUGUAAUCGCCUUUUCUUGGUUGUUUUCACAAAGGAUAAGGGCAGGAAUGUUGGGGAUAAAAUAUUGUGCACAUUGUAAUCAGAUGCAACCACUCAUUGCCCGUCAUGCACUGCACAGUGCUCAGACUUGAGCGGGCAGAGCACAGCUAUGACAUUUCUGUUCACUCUAUAUGCCACAGCACAGACAGGCUAGGCUGCUGGUACUUGUAGUGACAGUAACUUGUAGUUACUGCAAGAUGUGUACCGUGUAGUCAUGGGCCCAGCAGAGCUGGGAGUUGCUGUCUGUGUGUAACCCCAAGGAGAGAGAGCAUAGGACAGAAAAUAGUCCCAGAGGGAUAUCUGUUACCUGCCUAAGAUUUUAGAGAAGAAAAGACUACAUAAUUAUUGUUUUUCAGUUAAUACAUGUACAGACUGUGUCCUUAAUUUUUUUUGUAACUUAUUUUAUACUAAUGUGUAUUUGUAAAUAGCUAUGCGAUUGUAUCAAACUUGUAAAAAAAAAAAGUAAGAGAUUCAUAUUUUGAUUGUAAGUGUCUUUUAUGGACCAAAGUUCAGCUUUUUAUCUUCCAUUGUCGACCAAUUAUUAUGCAUGCGUCAGGUUUUUUCACGUUCCUUCCCCCAUUUUCAUACUCUGCUGGUUUUUUUUACUGACCUUAAUGCUUUGCAUGCAUUGCAGAUUUGUUCUUUAUUUUUUAUUUUUUUUUGUAUUUAUCACUAUAUAUAAACUACCUGCUUCUAAAACAUUUCAUUCCUGGAGCACCAUCUAUAGAGCCUAACUUUUUGUCUAUUGAUUCAGGAGUACAUUAAGAAUAAGUACAAUGUUGCUUCCCUACAGAAAAAAUUUAGUUUUACAGUUCAAAGUGAGAUAAAAUAUAUUUUUAUUUUUACUACAUAAUGCCUUUGAAUAAUUGUUAAAUAAUAGUGUCUAUUUUGAUAUUUACUUGUUAAUUUUAUGUACAUAUUUGUAAUAUAUAAUUUAAUAAACUUUAUUUGUUGUGAAA